CACGGCGCCCCGCCCCUCCCGACUUCCGCCGUCGGUACCGCCCGGGACAACAUGGCUGUCACGUUUCGGCCGGUUCUGCUGCGGGCGCUGCGAAUUGCGCUGUAUUCCGCGGUAGGGGGCUCCGGCUCCACCUGCUGCCAGUGCCCUCUCGGAGCUAAAAGAUACCUACUUACAGAUGAUACUGUGAAACUGAAAGAAUUUCAGCGUAAGAAGGUGGCUGUUGCACAUAAUCUUCCAGGCACCAGAGAAACCUAUUUUAGAAACUUGGAAGAGAAAUUAACCCAGAACAAGCUCCUCUUGCGGGAGGAGUUGAGAACUUUGCUUCAUCUGUGUGAGUCCCGGGACGAUGUGGAGCUGGCUAAAAACGUUAUUUACAGGUACCAUGCAGAGAACCGAAAUGCCACUUUGGAAGACUUUAAGUUUGGACCACUUUUCAUGAGGCUGUGUUAUGAAUUGGAUCUGGAGGAAUCUGCGGUGGAGCUCGUCAAAGACCAGCACUUACGAGGUUUCUUCUCAGAUUCCACAUCAUUCAAUAUCUUGAUGGAUAUGUUAUUUGUCAAAGGCAAAUAUAAAAGUGCCUUGGAAGUAUUGAUAGAGAUGAAAAACCAAGAUGUGAAGUUCAUCCAAGAUACUUAUGUUCUUGCUUUUGCAAUUUGCUACAAACUGAAUAGCCCUGAAUCUUUGAAAAUCUGUACUACAUUAAGAGAAGAAGCUCUAAUCAAAGGUGAAGUUCUUUCCAGGAGAGCAUCCUGUUUUGCUGUGGCAUUAGCUCUGAAUCAGAACCAAGUGGCAAAAGCUAUGUCCAUUUUUUCUCAAAUCAUGAAUCCAGAAAGUAUAACCUGCAUGAAUUUAAAUAUUCUAAUUCAUAUCCAGUCAAAUAUGUUGGAAACCUCGAUAGAGAUACUAGAGGGUGCUGCAGAAGGAAACUUAUCAAGGUUUGUGAAAAGACGCAAGUUCUCAGAGGAAGUGCUGGCCAAAGUGAGGGAAAAAGUGAAGGAUAUGCCUGCCCUGGUGGCCAGAUUCGAAGAGGUCUAUGGGAAACUGCACAUAAAUGGCCAGGUCACCACUCACACUUUGGAUGCCCUACUCUGCCACACCCCCAGGGAUAGAAAGUCCCACACAUUGCUGUUAAACAAGAAGACAGGCAGCCGUCGGACCUUCCAGUCACUCAGCCAAUCCCUGUUAGCUGAGUAGUUCUAGUUUCAACCUACUGAUAGGUCUGAGGGGCUGGCUUCCGAUGAAUUUUUGGUUUCCCUAAGAAGUUAGUCAUCACACUUCAGUGGAUGACUUGGUCUUCUCCCUAAAUUCCUGAGUUCAUCGAGUUCUGGCUUGCUGAUCUGAAAGUUACACUGUACUACUGUGAAGAUGUAGAUACAAGAAAAGGCAACUCAGCCCUCUUGGAAAGGUGUCCUCAGUGCAAACUGCUGAGCAUCCGUGAAGGAACGUGGUCCCAGUCUCCAGUGCAGCUUCCACUACUAGAGAGAAGCCCAAUAAGCACCAACAGGAACAAGUUUCAUUCUAAGUAUGGUCAACUCUGACUGAUUUCCCAGACAGUAGUUACUUGUAAUCUUUACCCUUACUGAAUCCAGAAAAUUGAAACCCAAUUCCACCAUGUUGGGAGUUGACCCAGAUGUUUUUCUUGCUCCAACAUCAUUGUUCUCUGUGGCCUUAUACAAGACACCAGGACCCUUGCUUUUCCAUCUAGGAAAAAAAAACACCCGUGUGUAUUUGCCUAUUGAUCUGAAAUUUUCACUCGAGGCUCUGCAGGAUCAAAUUUUUUCAAAAAUAAGAGAAAUAAAGAAGGUUCCUAAGCAAACAUCUUGGGAUUAUCUUUGUCUUAUUUUCUCAACAACACAAAAACCCAGAAUUUUACUUUCAGAACUGGUAAGUCAACCAAAUUUAAAUGAUUACUGGUUGGGCAAACCAUGUGCCUUUCAAAAUAAAUGCUAAAAAAUAAACAUUAAAAUUAAAAAAAAAAUGAAAAA